UUCCUGAUCUCUCCCAACUUCCGAAGAACCAGCUCGAUUAGAGUAACCUCUAAUUCACUCAUACUAGAGCUUCGAAGUUCAGAGAAAAACUAUAAAAAUUUCUUUUUCCAAGAUGCCCUCUCUGCAAGCUUCUAGUUGCAGAGCUUUUCAUCGUCCUCCAAUGUCCUCCUCGUUUUGGGGCAAGGAUCUGUGCUCCUCAUACAGUGGAGCUAUCGGGAUGCUUGGUGCUAGAAAAGAGAAGCUUCGUUUCAAUGGUGGAACCGUCAGGUUGACGGUUAUCGCAAUGUCCGGUGGCUCUUCUUCUACCCUCAAGAUGAACCUGAACGAGUACAUGGUCACUCUUGAAAAACCCCUCGGUAUUCGAUUCGCUCUCUCCGUCGACGGCAAAGUCUUCGUUCACUCUCUCAAGAGAGGGAGUAAUGCAGAGAAGUCGAGGAUAAUCAUGGUGGGUGACACUUUGAAAAAGGCUAGUGAUUCGUCUGGCGGUAGGCUUAUGGAGAUCAAGGACUUCGGCGAUACACAGAGGAUGCUGAAGGAGAAUACAGGAUCAUUUAGCCUAAUUCUUGAGAGGCCCUACUCUCCAUUUCCGAUUCAACAAUUACAUCUGGGUGAUCUUGAUAUACUAUUCAAUAGAGGUCGAGUUUCUGUUGCCAGCUGGAACAAGAGUAUAUUGGCAUCAAAUUUGCAAACAUCUUCUGACAGUAAUGGGAAUUCUGGAUUUGUCAUGUUUUCUUCGAAGUUUCUUACAUCCCAAGGAUGGAAACUUUUGAGUGGUCAAAAUGGACAAAUUCAAUCACAACUGCAGAAACAUAUUCUUUCUCAAUCCCUAAGUGAACUUGUUUGUAUAUUUUCUGAAGAAGAGUCGGGAGAUGGAGAAUGGGCUCAUGGGAAUUUUCCUCUUGAGGAAUAUGUUAAGGCACUGGAUCGUUCUAAAGGGGAGCUAUAUUAUAAUCACUCACUUGGCAUGCGCUAUAGCAAGGUUACGGAGCAAAUAUACGUGGGAUCAUGUAUUCAAACAGAAGCUGACAUAGAGACUUUGUCAGAUGUUGCUGGUGUGACUGCCGUCCUGAAUUUCCAAAGUGGAAUUGAAGCUGAAAAUUGGGGGAUUAAUUCCACUUCAAUCAAUGAAUCAUGCCAAAGAUCCAAUAUUCUCCUGAUUAACUAUCCUAUAAGGGAUGGAGACUCCUUUGAUAUGAGGAAGAAGUUACCGUUUUGCGUGGGGCUUCUAUUACGCUUGUUAAAAAAGAACCAUCGUGUUUUUGUUACUUGUACAACUGGUUUUGAUCGAUCGCCAGCUUGUGUGAUUGCAUACCUGCAUUGGAUGACAGACACUUCCCUUCAUGCAGCUUAUAAUUUUGUCACCGGGUUGCAUUCUUGCAGGCCUGACAGACCAGCAAUUGCUUGGGCAACAUGGGAUCUUAUAGCUAUGGUGGAAAAAGGCAGUCAUGAUGGUCCCGCUACACAUGCUGUGACCUUUGUGUGGAAUGGGCAAGAGGGAGAAGAUGUAAAUUUGGUUGGAGAUUUUACUGGAAAUUGGAAAGAACCAAUUAAAGCAAUCCAUAAAGGUGGACCUAGAUAUGAAGUGGAAGUUAGACUCCCGCAAGGAAAGUACUACUACAAAUUUAUCACUAAUGGGCAAUGGAGACAUUCAACAUCUUCACCAUCGGAAAGGGAUGAAAGGGGGAAUGUUAACAAUGUAAUUGUGAUUGGCGAUACUGCCAGUGUUAGACCUUCUAUCCAACCACAAAAGAAGGAUGCAAAUGUAGUGAAGGUGAUUGAGAGGCCUCUGACAGAAAAUGAGCGCUUUAUGUUGGCAAAAGCAGCUCGUUGUGUUGCAUUCUCCGUCUGUCCAAUCAGACUAGCUCCCAAGUAGUUGAGGGCCCACAAUAACCCCAAACGUACUGGCUGUUGGGUCCUUGCUACUACGGCAUUUUCAAGCAGCCCUUAUCGAGACAUUAGUUGUCAUCCAUUGUUGUACAUUCUCAAGUCAAUCCCUUUAAGCUCGGUUCUGAAGGUAUUCUUUUCCGGACUUGAAAUAAUCAUGUCCAUUUUGUGGAAAUUUAGCAUAUACCAAAUAAAGAUGCAUCUUCAUA